GGAAUAUCUCUGAAGGGGUCUGCAGUUAUUUCUGGCGUGCAGUACUCCAGUGGCUGAUGCUGGCGUGCAGCUGGGACGGCACAGUUUGUUUAUUUUCAUGUUCACAGAUCUGCUGUAGUUUGCUGCCAUUUAUUUCUAACAACUCAUCUGCUUGAAGAGAUUCCGUUGUAAUGUAUCCAGUGGCUGUUGCUGUGCCAGGAGGUGAAGGAAGUAAUGGACAACGUGGGAAACUUAUUUUUUUCCUUUUUGUUUUUGGAGUUGUGUUGCUCUGUGCUGGAUUCCUUCUUUCAGUCUUUGUUCUCCAGACAUGUCCAUCUGAAAGCGUCAGAGACUGUAAUGGGGUCCUUAAGGCUGCUGGGCCAGGGCUGGCUCUAACUGGACUGGUUUGUAUUUUACUGGCACGAUCAAGGGCCAGGAUGUAUAUAAGACAAAGACAAUUGCAAAAUGAGCAGGUGUACAGCCUUGUUUUUUGUCAUGGGAACUGUCAGUUUGCCCAGUUUCUCAUAUUUGGAUUCCUGUUUUUAUCUAGUGGAAUGUUAAUUAGCAUCCUGGGCAUUUGGGUUCCUGGUUGCAGCCCUGGCUGGCAUAUGAUACAGCUCAACCACACUGGCACUUCUGACACAGACCUCCAGGGUUGUGGAUUCCUGUCACUUCAAAUCUUGGGACCUUUGAUUGUGCUCAUUGGGUUGUCUUUCUUCGUGAUAGCUCAUGUUAAAAAGAAGCAAAACUUAUAUCUCAACCAAGAAUCCUGUGAAAGUGAACAACAUCCUCACAGCCCUGAAUCUUUUCAGGUUACAUUAGGUGAUUCUGUGAUGGUAUUCCCACACCCACCACCUCCUUAUUUUGCUGACCCUGUGUCGCCAACUCUGACUCAUUGUCUUAUGCCCAGUGUUUUGCCUACAAGUGUAGAUCCACCACCAUACCACUCUCUCUUCACUGAUGGAGCACAGCUUGGUGAUGAUGAAAGAACAGUUGCUGUUGGAGACUGUGAAUCCAUAUAUACAAUUUCUGGAAGCAGCUCACCUUCAGAUAUUUUACCAAUGCCAUACCUUUCUUCUGAACCACCACCAAAAUAUGAAGAGAAAGCAUCAAUAACAAAUAGUGAAUAUUCACCAUCUUCUUCCUUAUCUUUUUUAUCUGUUUCCUUAGACACAUCUGACACCAGCUUCUAAAGGACUGACAGUUCACUUAAUUUUUAAUAAAAUGUACACAGAGAUUUACAAUUUUUGAAUUUAUUUACAUUUUGUAAUAAAAGCAAUAAUGUUGUCUGUGUCUAAUUUUUCAUCAGGAAGAAUAAACAAUGAACUUGGAUUUCAAGAAAUACUAGAGAAGCCUGGGCCUCUGCUAAAGUAGUCUGAAGGGAGUUCACUGCAAGAACAUUAAAUUCUCAUCUUGUUCUGUUACAGCUUCAGUUUCUAUUUAUAGCUGUUCUUUUUAUAAUGAAGCCACUGAGUAGAAACCAACUUUUUUUAUUAUUUUAAUUAAAUCUGUUUGGAGCUUCAAAGAAAGAAAUAAUUAGGAAGUGUUUUUAUUUCUAUUUUUGCAUGACUUGUUUGCAGAGUUAUGGCCUUUACAAGUACUCGAGGAGCAUUCACAUGUAGGGAUGUUAAGGUUGCUACGAAGAUGCCAUGAUGCUAUGAAGAGCUUCAAUGGUUACCUUUUGGUCUGCCUGGUAACAAACACUCCAUAUUUAGGCUAUCUCUGGUCCUUAUGUAAGUAUAAUCCCUUGGAAAAUCAGUUUUAGCUGCAGUUAAGAGCCCAAAGGCAGCCCUGAGGAUAGAUAAUAGGCUAGCAGUUUAACUGUGGUAACCACUGGUUUCAGGGGGAUUAUUCUGCUGUUUUAUAUCAUUAUUCAUGGAUUAUACAAGGAGUGCUUAUUGUGUGAGAGUGAGUGCCACAAAGCAAUGCUAUCUUUGAGGUGCAGACAUUACUUACCAGCAGAUGCGGGCGAGGCAGUUUCAUGGAAACCCAUGCAACAAAUGUUUUUAACUGACAUAACACUUGACAGACCCUUCAGAAGUACAACCCUCUUAGCUCUUCUAUCCUGCUGCCACCCUAGGGUAGUGGUAGUGGCCUGCCGUCAGGGUGGAGGUUCUAAUGUUAUUUUGUGUUUGUUUGCACCUGUUCCCAAACUGAAGGAUUAGCUUGUAGUAGGAAGAA